AUGAACAUCUUCAGACUGCUGGGUGAUCUGUCACACCUUGCCGCGAUAUUGAUUUUGCUUUUGAAGAUUUUUUCCUCUAGGUCAUGCAGAGGUCUCUCUGGGAAGACGCAAAUUAUGUUCGCGCUUGUUUUCACUACCCGAUAUUUGGAUUU